CUGCGGAGAAUGCCAGUGCGCUGAUGUGCUUACGUGAUCCACGGUGGACCCGUGAUGGCGGCGCCCGUUUCAGCUGGGGCGCCGGCGCUAUCGCCUGGAAACAACAACACGUCGCUAAUAACAACCAGCUAAUCGGGCUUUAGCUAAUCCCCGACCGGCUUAGCGCGUGACCGCGUAAUCGACGGUGCAGCGGACUUUCGACCCAAUCUGCGCGUGUGUCAGCACGAGCAACUCCAAAUCCACGCUCAGAAGAAGCAAGUUUCGGUGUGUGCGUGUGAUCUCGUUCGCUCGCUCGCCGGUAUGGAGUCGUCCACGCCGGCUUCGGCGAUUUCCUCCGCGACAUCCGCACCCGGAGACGGUAACGUCAUCUACAGCGAACUGCUGCCCGUGCUGAUCCAGUGCUUCGCGAUCAUCCUAUUGGGCUACUUUUCCGGGCGCGCGGGCCUCAUAGGGCCCGCCGAGACCCGCAGCCUUAACGUGUUCGUCUCCUAUUUCUCGCUGCCGGCGACCGCCUUCAAGUCGCUAGCCGUCAUCGCAUUGGGCGAGGUCAACUGGCGCUUCCUCGCAGCCGUGGCGAUCGGAAAGUGCAUCGUCUUCGCCGUCGUAUUCGCCGUCACGCUGGCGCUCCUGUCCCGGCAGCCGGCGAGCUUCGCCAAGGCCGGACUGUACGCGAUCGCCUCGUCGCAGAGCAACGACUUCGGACUCGGAUACCCGCUCAUCGUGCACCUCUACGACAAGGUACAGCCCACGUUCAGCCACUACCUCUACCUGGUCGCGCCCGUACAGCUGGCCUUCCUGAACCCCAUCGGGUUCGUCAUGAUGGAGUACGGACGCCCGCGUCAAGACAGCGGUAGGUCCGGAACGCGAAGCCGCAUUCUCUCCACCCUGAAGGGCAUCGUCAAGAACCCGGUGGUCAUAGCGCCGGCACUGGGCAUCGUCUGGAACGUGAGCACGUCUAACGCUCCCCUACCGUCGGUGAUCGAGCGGAUCUGCGACUCCUUCGCGGACGCCUUCAUCGCCGCUGCUCUCUACCUGCUAGGCCUGAGCAUGGUCGGCAAGGUGGGCAGCAUGGGCAAGUACGCCGCCCUCACCCCGGCCCUCCUGGUGACCGUCAAGAUCGUCGUCUGCCCGCUGGUAAUCCGCGAGCUGGUCAACCUGCUCAACGUCGCCGACAACGAGCGAGACAUGAAGGACUUCGGAAACUUCGGCUUCCUUUACGGCAUGAUACCCAUGGCGCCCAGCGUGUUCAUCUUCGCCACCCAGUACGACCUGCCGACGGCCGCCGUAUCCACGGGCAUGGUGUUCGGCACCUUCCUCUCGGCGCCUCUCAUCUUCAUCACGGCAACCGUGAGUCAGAUCAAGAAGCGCAGCCUCAAGGACUUCGCCGUGACCAUAGGCCAGACCAUGGUCACCUCCAGCGCCAUCAGCACCGCCUGCUGCCUGUGGCUUCUGGUAGUGCUCUUCCGCAGACGACACAGCGUGACGCACGGUGUCACUACCUGCUUAGUAAUCUGCCAGCUCGCCACGGCCCUGGGUGGUCUGUGGGCCGCCACGAGCAUCGACAAUCCUUUGUCGCCCGUGGCGUACACGCAGUCGGUGCUGUCCAUAGCCGGAAUCUUCGCCGCUCGCAUCUGGACCGCGAUCCUGGCAGGCGUGCUAGCCCUGCUGCACUGGCGCUCGCUCUGCUACGUGCUCAGGCUCAAGUGGCUCAUUGCGGUAGCCGGGUUCGGAUCCUCCGUCCUGGUGGCACUCUCGCUCUGCCUGACUAUUCCGAAGAGGGGAUCCCGGCUCGGCGACACCGACCCGAACUUCCAGUUCGGUGACAUACAGGCAGUCGUGGCGGUCACCGUUCUCCUCACCAGCCUCCUCUUCACGGUGGUGAGCCUCAUCGUUCAGCACAGGUUCCGGCUGAGAAUGAGGGACUACAUGCCCAUCGGAGGCGGCAGCGAUGACGACGAACGAAACACUUCACCUCACUCCGACCACAGCCACGACCACAGUCCUCUGAUUCGACCAUCAAGCUCUCAGGCACAUGCCUCUGUCGCACGAGAAGGAGCGAGCCAAAGUCCCGGGUGCACGGGAGACUGCGAGGACUGCGACAACUGCUCGGAUCACGAAGAGCGCGACAGCACUGUUCCGGAUCUCGAAGACCUCGUCAGCAGCCCGAAACCGAAGCGGAACGUUCGGAGGCUGCCCAAAUCCUCAAAGUCAGCCAAUCCCUCCACGGCGUUGUCGGCGUCGGUGAACUCGAGGAGGCUGGAAUUCCACGUGUCGCCCUCGCAGCAAGUUCCAAGCACGUCUUUCGACCAGCUCUGCGGACCACUGUUCAGCUGUGACAAGCAGCAAGUUCGGCAGUGCAUGGGCCUCGUCGGCACGUACAACCAGCAGACCGCCAUUCGGGUACAGAAUGCGGACGAAGUCCUUGACCUAGACAGCGCCCCUCAAGUCGAAGAUGACGUCCAUCAAGUGUUCAGACACACCUUGCUCUGUCUCUUGCUCAGCGUCUCCAUGGUCAUCGGACUGGCAGUCUCGCUUUGGCAGCUUCUUAUCUACGACACCCCGACAGGAAUCUUGGUAGAGCUAGAGUUCCUGGACAUAAUAAUGAAUUACGGACAGGGAAUGCUGACGUUCCUCGUGUUCGGACUCGACGCCAACUGGCUCCUCCGGUCAUUGACCAACGCAUGGUACUUCGUCACAUGCCGGCGGCAGAGGCCGAGGGGUGCGGCCACCCUCGUGCUACCGAGGUUCGAAGACCUGUCUCCCGAGACCCGUCAGAUAUGCACACAGUUCCAAGUCUACCACAGGGACGCCUGCAUCACGGACAUCUGUCGUUCACGCCCCGGCCUCGAUGGCACCGAGCUCCACCUCGCCUUCGUGGGCAAGGACCUCGUCGACUGGCUGAUAGCCGUCGGACUGUGCCACGAUCGAGUGCAGGCCGCCCGAUACGGCAAGGCGCUGCUCGAAGGCCGGGUGAUAGCGCACGCAACCGGACGGCACCACUUCUGCGAUGAGCUAUACACUUACACGUUCCUGCCUUCGCACGAGAUGGAUGUUUCUUCGUGAAGCCGUGUGGUGUGCAUGGAACGUUUCUUGUAAGACGUGCGAUGACGUGUUUUAUCAAAACUGUUCGUGCGCACGAAAGACUUAACGCACUGUGCCCUCACGAGUGCACCUGUGGACCUAAGGACUAAACUGCGCACAAUUUGGUGUUGGACCAACGCCUAGAGCGAGCAAUGGUGGAAAGAGCUAUUCCCUAUGUUCUCAUACGACGGAGCUCAUCAUGCUUCGAAAUCUCCUUACUCGGCAGAAAUGAUGAAUGCGAAUACAGCCGAGAGAACUUGUGUUCUAAUUUAAGUGUUUGUAAAGUGCCGUUGUGUGUUGUGUAAAUAGUUAUGAAAACUUUAGUUUAAGAAGCUCGAAAGAAGACUUAUAGUGAGCACGAAAGCCAAAGAACCAGAUUGUUAGGCUCGAUUAUCCUUGCGAAUUUAUAACACCGCAUAGUGCGAUUCAAUAGCAGCUUAUAUAGUGCCUUCUAAACAAUUUCUUCCACGUCCAUAGCACAAGCCCGUAGCUACAGAUAUGGAAUAAAAUGUACCUGAAGUAUGCCGACUACUGACUCGUCAUUA